GACCAUAAAUGGACCUUUUCGUUCCCGCCACGAGUAGCACAAACAUGAUUAGCUCAUAUCCUCUGUUCUCUUCCGAAUCCUUAAACCCCGUUAAGCUCCGAGCUUCGCAUCAGCCUCUCCAUCCUCAUCCAAAAUGGACCAAACUCCCUUCAAACCCCACUUCUCUGUCACCAAAAAAUUGCAUUCCCACUGCCCCACUCCCGCAGAAGACCCGCCCGACCGUCUCGCCAACCUCUGUCGAGAGAUUGAAGCAAGCAGUAGCAUCGAAGACGCAUUCCGAGGCUCUGGAUCUGUAUCUCCAAAUCAAACGUCAAGGAAUCGAACUGGGGGUUGUUCUCGAGACCAGGCUGAUCGAUUUGUUUAUGAAAGUUGAACGCGUAGAUGAUGCUUUUCUGGUGUUCGACGAAAUGCCUGAGAGGAACGUUGUCACGUGGACUUCGAUGAUUUCUGGGUGCGUCCGAAAUGGCUAUGGAGAAUUGGGGCUUCACCUUUUCGUCGAUAUGCUCGACUCUGGUGUGCUUCCCAAUGAUUUUGCAGUCAAUGCUGCCCUCCAGGCCUGCACUGAUACGGCAGCUGCUGAGCCUGGAGAGCAGCUGCAUUCGCUGAUCGCCCGCUCUGGUCUUGGGGAUGAUCGCUGGACUGCCAGUUGUCUGAUCGAGUUCUAUUCGAGAUGUGGGUUGAUUGACAAAGCUAAGUCAGUCUUUGAUGGGAUUACAGAUCCUGAUGUGGUGAGUUAUACUUCACUAAUUUCAGGAUAUUGUAGGAAUAAUGUGUUAGAAUCUGCGGUUGGAGUGUUUGAUCAAAUGGUGAGACAAGGGAUCGAGCCAAAUGAGCAUACUCUUACAAGUAUCUUAACAGCAUGCGGACCACUUCUUGGUGAACAGAUCCAUGCUUUCAUGAUCAAAACCAUGAUCAUCAACAGUGUUUAUUCUGCGAGUGCUUUGAUUGAUUUUUACUCGAGGAAUUUUGAGUUUACUCGGGCUAAAUUGGUGUUUCAACAAUUGGAACCUAAGAAUGUUGUCACUUGGAGCUCGAUGAUCUCAUGCUGUCUUCGGAAUGAGCAACCAGAGGAAGCCUUGAGAGUAUUCAAUGAUAUGGUUAGUGCAGGCAUACAACCUAAUGAGUUCACUUUUUCAACUAUUAUUGGAGCUUGUGGAUUACCUCAAGAGUUAGCUAAGUUGGGAUUGCAGCUCCACUGCUUGGCGAUCAAGUGUAAGUUAACCUCUGAUAUCCGAGUGUCUAAUGCUUUGCUGACCAUGUAUGCUAGAUGUGGUAAGAUUGAAGAGCUAGAGAAGGUGUUUGUGAAAAUUGAGGCACCUGAUACUGUCUCCUGGACUGCUGCUAUCUCUGGUAAUUUCCAGAAUGGAUGUGAUGACAGGUCCAUUGAAUUACUUCGCCACAUGCAUAGGGAAGGACACAAACCUAACGAGUAUGGAUUAUCUAGUGCCAUAAGUUCUUGUGCAAAUCUUGCCUUACUCGAUCAAGGAAGGCAACUUCAUUCUCUUUCACUAAAGUUAGGGUGUGACCACGAUGUUUGCAUGGGGAAUUCACUGAUCAGUAUGUAUGCCAAGUGCGGCUGCAUCAAGGAUUCAGAACUGGUAUUUGACAACAUGCAUACUCAUGAUAUAUUGUCAUGGAACUCAUUAAUUCAUGGCUAUUCAUAUAAUGGGCAUGGGGUAGAGGCCCUCGAAGUAAUUGAUAAGAUGUUAGAGAGCAGCUGUAGCAUUCCAGAUGACUCUACGUUUCUAGGGAUUUUGGUUGGGUGUAAUCAUGCAGGUUGUGUUGAUGAAGCAGUUAGAUAUUUCAAGAUGAUGAAUGAUCACUAUGGCAUUAUACCCUCUGCCUCACAUUAUGCAUGCAUGAUUGACAUGAUGGGUCGAGCUGGAAGACUCGAAGAGGCACAUCAUAUAAUUGAGCAGAUGCCAUUUGAGCCAGAUAUUACUAUGUGGAAGGCGCUAUUAGGAUCUUGUACAUUGCACAGGAAUCUAGAACUAGGAAAACUUGCUGCAGAGAAGAUUUUCGAGCUGACCCCAACAGACAGCGCAAGCUAUGUGCUUCUCUCAAACUUGCAUGCUUUGCAUGGUGAAUGGCAGGAGGCAGAGAGAGUAAGGAGAAAAAUGGAUGAGAAUGAAGUCCAGAAAGCAGCAGGAUGGAGUUGGAUCCAGAUUAACAAUGAGGUACAUGCUUUUGUUGCAAGAGAUAAGUCUCAUCCUAAAUUUGCAUUAAUCUAUGAGAGAUUGGAAGAACUCUUUAAGAUAAUAAAGGAUGAGAGAUAUUCAUCUCAAACUAUUGAUGCAAAUGAGCUUGAAACUACAAAUUUAUAAAAAUAUAUUUAUUGAUUUUGUUGUCAAUUGGAGAAUCAUAUGAUGGAUUUGCAGGCUAAGCAUGCAACCCAAAUUGCAUAUGAUCUUACUGGUAUACCUUAGCAAAUUGGACAUGCAAUUUCAAGAUCUGCAGUCACAGGACUAGGAUGUCUCAUACAUGGAAAAAUGGCACAUAAUCUAGUGAAUUCUUCUUUUGUAGUAUCUAUAAUUCCGAAAAGAAAGAAAACAGUGAUUUUGA